ACCGAAAGCACGGUGAAGGGAAGCUGAAAAUCAACUAAUAGCCAAAGGAAAUCGGACCCAACAUUGAAGAAGGAUGAACAGUAGUGAAGGGAAGUUGAAAUCAUCGAGUUCCGAAUUGGAUUUGGAUCGACCCAACAUCGAAGAUUAUCUCCCUUCUGGAUCUUCCAUUCAAGAACCACAUGGCAAGCUUCGCCUGCGGGAUUUGCUUGAUAUUUCUCCCGCUUUAACUGAAGCUGCUGGUGCUAUUGUUGAUGAUUCUUUCACACGGUGUUUUAAGUCGAAUCCCCCGGAACCGUGGAACUGGAAUGUGUAUCUGUUUCCUCUCUGGUGUUGUGGUGUGGUAUUUCGGUACUUGAUUUUGUUCCCUAUGAGGGCUUUAGUUUUAACAAUAGGAUGGAUAAUAUUUCUGUCAUGCUUCAUUCCUGUGCACUUUCUUCUCAAAGGGAACGAUAACUUGCGGAAAAAGAUGGAGAGGGCGUUGGUGGAGCUAAUCUGCAGCUUCUUUGUUGCGUCCUGGACUGGAGUUGUUAAGUACCAUGGACCACGGCCUAGCAUGCGGCCCAAGCAGGUGUUUGUGGCCAAUCAUACUUCUAUGAUUGAUUUCAUCAUAUUAGAACAGAUGACUGCAUUUGCUGUCAUUAUGCAGAAGCACCCUGGAUGGGUUGGACUGCUACAGAGCACUAUUUUAGAGAGUGUAGGGUGUAUUUGGUUUAACCGUUCAGAGGCCAAAGAUCGUGAAAUUGUAACAAGGAAGUUAAGGGAGCAUAGUCAGGGAGCUGACAAUAACCCUCUUCUCAUAUUUCCCGAAGGGACGUGUGUAAACAAUCAAUACAGCGUUAUGUUCAAGAAGGGUGCAUUCGAACUUGGUUGCACUGUUUGCCCGAUUGCAAUAAAGUACAAUAAAAUUUUUGUUGAUGCCUUUUGGAAUAGCCGGAAGCAGUCCUUUACAAUGCAUUUAUUGCAGCUUAUGACAUCCUGGGCUGUUGUUUGCGAUGUUUGGUACCUAGAGCCCCAAAAUCUAAGGCCUGGAGAAACACCCAUCGAGUUUGCAGAGAGGAUCAGAGACAUAAUCUCUGUUCGAGCAGGUCUUAAAAAGGUUCCAUGGGACGGAUAUUUGAAGUAUUCUCGCCCGAGCCCUAAGCAUAGAGAGCGAAAACAACAAAGUUUUGCCGAAUCUGUUCUUCGGGGACUGGAACUGGAAGAAAAAUGAUGGCACCAAUGUACAUUUUGUUCAGUUCAUGUAAGGAUAGCUUCUGAUCUUUUGUUUUUAAACAUCUGGUUGGUCCUUGGUAUUGUUGUUGUGGCUAUUUUUUGUUUUUUAAAAUUUUCAAUGGCACAGUUAAAUCGAUGAUUGAUUAAUCAAAGUUACUAAAAAUUUUGCUGUUUUGAUGUUAUUUGUAUGAACACCAUAACUAAUAAUAUGACACACACUGAUAUUUAUA